ACCGUAGUGAUUCACGUUCUAGUUUUUAACACCAGGAAAUCAUGCUAUACCAAACUCGACUUAGAUGAAGCUUUGAUGUUGAUUAAUGAUCGUAUGAAAACAGGAACAUGAACUGUUGUCAUGUGAAUUUGACUAAGUCAAGGAUACACACAUAUUUAUCUCAUUGUCGGAGCGUGCUUUUAUCAGGAUCAAAAAUGCAAGACUCACGACCAUCAGGCAACAAGCAGCUACGAUGGGACCAAUUAAAGCAGCUUAACUACGCGAUGACAGUGGAUGAAACUACCCUUACUGCUAUUGUCCGAACAAAUGGACUGCACUACUCCGAUUAUGACUCUAAAAACUCCUUGCCAAAACCAUGGCAACUGAUGAAACUAGUCGAGUCUGCACGAUAUAUGUCCCAUCAUUGGCCAAUGGACGACACAGGACGGACGUUUCGAGACUAUGCCGAAUUAACUGCCGAUCGUCUGACAUUUCUUGUGACCUCCUGCUUUGAUAUAAGGAUGGAUUUGUAUGAUCUAUCAACACCCAAGUGUCCGCUAGAUGUAAGGGUACAAGGUGGAUUUGUGGGCAGUUCGUCUCUGAAUUCAUCAGCAACUGUUAUCACCGUAGACGGCAAGGAGUUGCUAAGGAACAUCAACCAAGUAGUGAGCAUUGACAAGAAUACCCGUCGUCCCUUGCCACUUCCGGGCUGGUGGAAAGAAAAGUACCAGCCACAUGGGCGAGGAUUUUCAGCAUUAAAGUUGGACAAAUAUGAGAAACCAUCGUCACUGAAGCCAUACAAGGUCCAGGUUGCUCGGAGUGAUAUAGAUAGUAACAAUCACACGAACUGGUCGGUCUACGUUCGCUUUGCGCUCGACGGAUUGUACCACAACGUUAAGCACGGGCUUGUGAAGCAUUUUACAUGUCUUGAACAGAGAGGACUGAGUCGCAUGGAGCUUCUGUAUUCAGGGGAGAGUUUUGACGACGACAUGUUAAAUGUGUUUGUGUGGAAUGAUGAUGAUAAUAUAAAUAGGGUAAAGGUGCAUAUUGAGAAAAACGAAGUGCUUCUCUUUCAGGGAAGUUUUGAAUACUUCCAAGAACCAUUUCACUGAGGUGUAUAUGUUCGUAAACAUUUGUGUUCAAAAUUCUCUCGAAAGCCUUCGUGUUUUAUACAUUGUUUAUUAGCAAAAUCAGAUUUUCUCUGUACUAGUUCUUAGUUGGGUCUUGAUUUUCAUAAGAAAUCAUUCCUAUAACAUCACGCACUACGAUUUACUAUUUCGUUGUACAUGUUUACGUUCGUACUUGAUUUGCUGCUUCCUGUUAUUGUCCCCUACCGGUUUCACCGGAGGGGACUUAUGGUUUUCGCUCUGUGCGUCUGUGAGUCUGUCUGUCUGUCUGUCACACUUUUCUGGAUCCUGCGAUAACUUGAAAAGUUAUUCAUAUUUUUUCACGAAACUUGAACCAUGGAUAGAUGGCAAUAUGGACAUUAUGCACGUCAUUUCAUUUUGUUCCUAUGUAAAAAAUUCUGGUUGCUAUGGAAACAAAUAUAUAAAAUAAAUCUGACAAUGGAAGAAUUUCUGACAAUGGUGGAGCCGGUAGGGGAUAUAUAUUGCUUGGCAAUAGUCUUGUUAAAUCUAUCAUUUGACUUGCGUUUACAUGUAUAUUUUUUUACAACAAAGGGGCACAACAAAUACUAAUAUGGUGUAAAUCUAUUAAGUUUGCUUUCGAA